AUGGAGUACCUCACAAGACUGCUUCUCCAACUUGACAAUCUGCCCAGCUUCAAGUAUCAUUCUAAGUGUGAGAGGAUGAAGAUCACUAGCCUGACCUUUGCAGAUGAUUUGCUGCUAUUUGCGAGAGGAGAUCUGAAUUUUGUUGACCUGCUUUUGGCUAAGGUUUCUGUUUUCACUAAUUCCACAGGUCUGCACUUGAACCCUAAUAAGUGUUUCAUUUAUUUUGGUGGAGUGGAGCAUAGCAUUAGGGAUGCUAUUAGAGAACACUCUGGUUUUAUGGAAGGUGUGCUGCCUUUUAGGUAUCUAGGUCUCCCUUUAACUAGUAAAAAAUUGGCUGUCAAACACUACCUUGUGCCGAUUGAGAAAAUUGUCCAGAAAGUCACUCAUUGGAGUUCUAAGCUUCUUACCUAUGCGGGCAGAGUGAUGUUGAUUAAGAGUGUCCUGUUUGCAGUGGUUAAUUUCUGGAUGCAAGUUUUGCCUCUUCCUAAGGCAGACCUCCAUCGAAUUGACUCAAUUUGCCGUAGUUUUUUAUGGACAGGUGAUAAGGUUGCGUCUAGAAAAUCUCCCCUGGCCUGGAAGAAGGUUUGGAACUUGAAUAGAAAGACUGAUUCUCUCUGGAUUAAGUGGAUUCAUGAAUACUAUUUGAAGAAUGCUGAUAUUAUGCAGGUUCCUAUAAAAGAGAGCUACUCAUGGUUGUCUAAGAAACUGCUCCAUGCUAGGCAAUUAUAUCAAGAACUGGAUGCUUCUCAUGCUGGUAGAGGUAAUAAGAUUCAAUUGAAGAGCCUCUACAUAAAGUUGCUUGCCACGGAUGUGAAGCCUGUGUGGAAGCAUCUGAUGUUUGGGAAUUUUGCUCGACCUAGAUCUGUUUUCAUAUUUUGGUUAGCCUGUAAUGGGAGAUUGGCAACGAAAGAGAGGAUGAAGAGGUUUGGUUUGAUCCAGGAUGAUCGGUGUGUGUUCUGUUCGCAACAAGAAACCAUUGGUCACCUUUUCUUCUGUUGCAUUCGUUUUAGAAAUAUCUGGGAAAGAGUCCUGAAUUGGAUCAAUAUUACUCAUUCUCCUAUAGAUUGGGAUAGGGAACUCGUUUGGACUAUUAGAAAUUGCAAGGGCAGAAGUUGGAGAGCGACACUCUUGAAGAGUGCUAUUACUGAAAUUGUCUAUGCUUUAUGGAAAGUGAGGAAUGAGAUUGUGUUUGGUCUGAGAAAUCACAUAGGAGACAUUGAUAAAGAGAUUAUAGAUAUUCUAGUGUAUAGACUUUGGAAUGCUAAGAAAUAUAGGAAACACUUAGUUAUGCUUAUGUUAUAG